AUGAAACUACCACUACUCCUGGUAUUCUUUUUCUUCUUCGCGAUCACGGUUCUCUCCGAUCCAGCCCCUGAGCCAAAAGGUGGGAAAGGCUUCCACGCUCCAAAGAAGCCAAAAAGUGGCGUCGACAGCGGCGGCGGCGGCGCUAGUUCAGCGGCGGCGGUCGAUGCGAGGGGUGUCUUGCCCGCUGCGGUGCUUGUGGCAGCGGUUGUUCUCGGAUAUGGACUGUUGUAA